AUGCUCAUCAGAGAAAGCCACGUCGACGUGCCCACCACCGCCAAUGGCCGCACUAGCAACAUGCGAAUCUUCGUUUUCCAUCCCACCAUAGCCGGCUACCCCAAUGCUCGAUUCCCCGCCGUCUGUCUCUUUAGCGAGAUCUACCAAGUGACUGGCCCCGUGGCCCGCUUCGCCCGCCAGAUAGCAGGCCAGGGUUACAUUUUCAAGAUUGAAAAGACCCUCGAGUCGUACGACGUCGAUUCCUUCGCCACCGUCGACUACCUGCUUUCACUGCCUACUUGCACCGGGCGCAUCGGCUCCACGGGCAUGUGCCUGGGAGGACAUCUCGCCCUCCGAGCAGCACUGGAUGACAGAGUCUCCGCCGCGGUCGCCUACUUCCCAACCGACAUUCACUCCCGCACGCUUGGCCCCUACACAGCCCCCAACUCGGCAUACGCCUCCCCUCCCGCCUCGUCCCACACAAUCGACCUCUUGUCGAGAAUCCAGGCCGAAGUAUCCCUCAUCUUUGGCAUCAAAGACACCCACGUCCCCGAUGCGGGUCGCGACCUCAUCCGCCUCAAGCUCCGCGAGGCCAACGUAGCAUUCAGCUUCCACGAGUUCGCGUGGGCUCAGCACGCCUUUAUCCGCGACGAGCUGAGUAAAGGCCGGUAUGAUCCUGCCGUAAGCAAGGCUUGUUUCGAGGUGCUGAUGGAGGUCUUUGGCCGGGUUUUGAGGACCGAGCUGGGGAGCAGGGAAGGCAGCGGAGCUGAGCCGGAGCACGUUUGCUAG